AUGCCCCUGGAUGUGGAAGGUGUCAGAGAGCUCUUCGCUCCUCUGACGAAAGCAGACUGGCCCGGGUUCAUGACGCGAGUGAGAGACGACGUGAGCUGGACGGUCGGGAACGGAGUAAUCCAUUCGUUUCCUGUAGCAGGGACACACAAUAAAGAGGCCUUCUUGAAAGCUUUCAAACCCCUCUCAGAAUGCUUUGACGAUCCUAUUCCGAUGAACGUAACCAAUAUCAUUCCCUAUCCCGACGGCAGCGGAGCUGCUGUGGAGCUGACCGUCAAAGUAAAGGCGAAAGAUGGCUCGCCGUUCGACAAUUUUUACUGCUGGGUCACGGAAUUUGACGAUGCGAGCCCCCCUAAGGUCAAGACCGUCAGAGCGUAUCUCGACACUGCACUAGUCAAGUCGGUCAUGGAGAAAAACGGCCAUGGCGAGUAG